AUGGGUAGUAGUAGCAGCAGCUUCUCUUGGCUUGCUAGUAGUGUUUCAGUUGCACCUCCAACUCCCUUGCCAGGUGCCCCUGCAGUAGCACGAUCAGCCCCUCUUCUUGUUGGUCACGCACUACUGCUCCUCCAACUGGGUGGACUAUGUGGGAGAUGGAAUGACAUAGGAAUUUUUGAGGGUGGCAUUGGCCCUCUUUUGUUUGUGUACAGGAGGGGAGUAAUGUCUGAUGGCUGUAGAGAACUUGAGGAGUAUAAGGCAACCGAAAUUUCAACAAAGGGACAGCCAGACUUCUUUGAUGGUGGCGAUUAUCUUUGUUCUCAGUGGGCAUCCUAUGGAGUCUUCAACUAUGUACUCGAGAAGUUGGUCAGACUGAUACAUGGAAAUAAUCAAAUAACUUCACUUGGUGCAGCCAUUGGACCUCACAACUGUGGACCAAGAUUAAAUUUGGUACAGUGGAAUAUGUGGAAAGUUUGA